CUUACUCUCUAUAUAACAUUACAUAAACUUUUAAAUAAGUGUCCUCUUCUCAUAACUCUCUCCCUGCUUACCUAAGGCCCUCUUCCCUAUUCCCUCUUCUCUCCUUAUCAAAGGGGUACUUCUUGACAACAAGUUGCCCCUAAAGAUAAUGGAAGAAGCCUAUGAUCAACCAUGGCAAGGCUAUGUCGAUUGGCGAAACAAACCGGCUUAUCGAUCCAAGCACGGCGGCAUGCUCGCCGCCGUGUUUGUUCUUGUGGUUGAAGUGAUGGAAAAUUUAGCAUUCUUAGCUAAUGCUAGCAAUUUGGUUACAUACUUAACCGGAUUCAUGCAUUUCUCACCUUCACGUGCGGCCAAUACAGUUACCAACUUUAUGGGAACUUGCUUCCUUUUAGCUCUUCUCGGCGGCUUUCUUUCUGAUGCUUUCUCUACUUCUUUCCGUGUUUAUCUCUUUAGUGCUAUCAUUGAAUUCUUGGGAUUGGUGAUACUCACCGUACAAGCAAAAUCAAGCACACUAAAACCACCACCCUGCACCUCCACCUCCGCCGAGAACCAUUGCGAACAAGUCUUCGGUAGCAAGGCGGCAAUGCUCUUCACCGGACUUUACUUAGUAGCACUAGGUGUCGGAGGCAUCAAAGGCUCACUUCCGGCACAUGGAGCUGAACAAUUCGAUGAUACCACCGUGCAAGGCCGAAAAGAGCGAUCGACAUUUUUCAACUACUUUGUUUUCUGUCUCUCCACCGGCGGUCUCAUCGCCGUCACAUUCGUCGUCUGGGUUGAAGAUAACAAAGGAUGGCAAUGGGGUUUUGGUAUAUCCACCAUCACCAUUCUCCUCUCCAUUCCCGUAUUUCUCUCCGGUGCUAAGUUUUACCGUAACAAACUUCCUAUCGGAAGCCCACUCACUACCAUUGCAAAGGUAUUAGUGGCAGCAACAUGUAACAGCACAAAUGUAGCACAAAGUCCUAGCAAUGCAGUGAUAGACAUGUCAACAAGUCCUACAAAAGGUGGGACAAUUCUAAAGAAACAUGAAGAAUUAAGCAUGAACAAUGAACAUAAUUCAUCCAAGGAUGAUGGAAUGAAGUUUCUUGAUAGAGCAUCACAAGGGAAACCAAUUCACAAAUCACUAGUUUGCACCAAUGUAGAAGUUGAAGAUGUGAAGAUUGUUCUAAGAGUUCUCCCAAUAUUUCUAUUGACAAUAAUGCUAAGCUGUUGUUUAGCUCAACUGUCUACAUUCUCAGUUCAACAAGCAGCAACAAUGGACACAAGAGUCGGAGGCCUCACCGUCCCUCCGGCAUCUCUCCCCAUCUUUCCGGUCAUAUUCAUUAUGAUACUCGCACCGAUAUAUGAUCAUAUACUAAUACCAUUUGCUCGGAAACUCAGGAAAACUGAGAUGGGCAUAAGUCAUCUACAAAGAAUUGGUAUCGGUCUGGUAUUUUCGAUCAUUUCAAUGGGAGUGGCUGCACUAGUGGAAAUGAAGAGGAAAAGAGUGGUUAAAAAGAUCGGUAUAGACUCGACUGAGCCAUUACCGAUUACUUUCUUUUGGGUAGCAUUGCAGUACUUGUUCUUAGGAUCUGCUGACUUAUUUACGCUUGCCGGAAUGCUGGAGUUCUUCUUUACCGAAGCUCCGGCAGGGAUGAAGUCAUUGGCAACAUCUCUUUCUUGGGCAUCACUGGCGAUGGGAUACUACUUGAGUUCAGUUUUGGUAUCAAUUGUGAAUCAUGUAACCGGUGGAGCUGAGCAUACAGCAUGGUUGGAAGGAGAGAACUUGAAUCAUUAUCAUCUUGAGAGGUUUUACUGGUUGAUGUGUGUGCUAAGCACACUCAAUUUUGUGUUGUAUAUGUUUUGGGCAACAAAGUACAAGUAUAGAUCAAGUGAGUACUGAGUUUAGGAAGGUUUGGACUUUUAUAUAUAUAGAUUGAAUAGAUUUGGGAAGGGAAAAUUAAGAGGGAGGGAGGAUGGAAAUUGGACCAUCUUAAAAUGGUUUAGUCUAACCUUUUUUUUAGGAACAGAUUGUGGGGCAAUAAGAGGUUGUUAUGUUUAGGGUUAAGAAAGGAUGGAUAUGUAAAUCAUGUUUAUGGUUUGAUGAUCAGAUUGCAUGCAAUUGCCCUUGGGUGUAUAAUAAUACAUGAUUGAUUGAUACAUCACAUUGGAAAAGAAUUCAAAGGA